AUGUUUAUAGUUAAUGCUGACGAGCGACCUGGUCAGUUUUAUAAUGGCACAGUCAAUGAUUUAUGUAUUGGUCUACGUUAUGAAUUUUCUGUCUACUUGGCGAAUCUUAUGAGCAUAGGUGGUGACAUAAAACCAAAUGUUCGAUUUGAAGUUCGAAGUCCAUCACUUGAAAAUCGAUUACUUGCCAAAUUAUCUUCAGGAGAGAUACCAGAAGAGAAGACUUUGACAUGGAAAAAAUAUGGUCUUUCAUUCAUAACAUCGAGCAGUACAGUUAACCUGUUAAUGAUAUCUGAUGCUCCUGGUGGCGGUGGAAAUGACAUAGGCAUUGAUGAUAUUGCCUUGAACGUUUGUUCUUCAUACAAAGGCAAUGGUUUCUGUCCUUCAAACUAG